UGGGACGGUUAGAAGGGACCUUAGCAACAGAUCGCUGACAUUCGGGACACCACACCAGCAGCUCAGGGUGCUCCAAGUCCCAUCCAGCACAGCCGUGGACACUUCCAUCGUCCCUGCUCACUGCCUUGACUCACGGAGCAGUUUUCCCAGCAGGUCUCCAGCCAUGUGCUCCCGCCAGGACAAGGACCAGUGCUACCAGCAGGAACGGCCCUGCUGCCAGGGGAGCAGCGGAUCCGGCUGCCAGGGGAGCAGCGGCGGGUCCGGAUGCCACAGGAGCAGCGGAUCCGGCUGCCACAGGAGCAGUGGCGGAUCCAGCUGCCAUGGGAGCAGCGGAUCCGGCUGCCAUGGAAGCAGUGGCGGAUCUGGAUGCCACGGGAGCGGCGGAUCCGGGUGUCACGGGAGCGGUGGAUCCGGGUGCCACGGGAGCAGUGGCGGAUCCGGGUGCCACGGGAGCAGCGGGGGACCCUGCCACGCCACAUCGCAGGAGUGCCAGCAGCAAAUCUACCAAGUAUCCUCGAGGAUGAAGUGAUGGCGCCAUCCGCUGCGGGUGAUCCACGGGGAUGUCCUGGAUCCUGCGCCGCGUCCCGAAAGCUUUGCAAAUUUCCCCGCAAUUUCCCAGGAAAAUGUGUCCCUCCCCUUCCUUCCCCUCCCCUGUCCUGUAACCUGUCCUGAGCUGCUCUGUGGAUGCUGAAAUAAACUUUCUGCUCACCCUGGCA